AUGCAGGGAGUGUGGGCGGCUGGGCAGGCGGCGGCGCGCCUCUGCCGCGGCCUGUGCUUCGUGGCUCUCUGGUACAGCAGCAUCUGCGCCGGAUUCCUCUUCAUCUUCUGCCCGCUGCUGCCGCUCGCCCUCCUGCACCAGAAGCUCUACCGCACCAUCACCGACGUCGUCUUCUCCAUGUGGGAGCUCUACCCGACGGCUCUGAUGGAGUGUGUGCUGGGAGUGCGGAUCGUGGUGACGGGUGAUGCGGUUCGUGCAGCGGAACACGGUUUGCUGGUGAUGAACCACCGCACGCGCACUGACUGGAACUUCCUGUGGGCUGCCAUGUUCCACGCCAGCCAGCCAGCUGCACACCGCCUCAAGAUAGUGCUCAAGGAUCCCAUCAGGCACAUCCCAGGACCCGGAUGGGUAAUGCAGCUAACAUGUUUUAUGUUCAUACACCGGUGCUGGGAGAAAGACCAGCAGCUGCUGGCCACAGUUUUGGACUACCUCCAUGACAUCAACCACACUUGUCAGGUUCUGCUGUUUCCGGAAGGCACAGAUCUCACAGAAGGUAGUAGGCAGCGUAGUCACAACUAUGCAGACAGCCACGGACUGCCACAUUAUCAGUAUGUGCUGCAUCCCAAGACCACUGGAUUCACAUUCCUGGCCCAGCGAAUGAGAUACAAUGGCCACCUGGAUGCAGUGUAUGACAUGACUGUAGGCUACCCAUGUUCUGUACCACAACAAGAGACAGAUCUCUUGAAGGGAAAUUUCCCUCAUGAAGUUCAUUUUCAUGUCAAAAGGUACCCUGUCUCUGACCUGCCGACGGGUGAUCCUGAGUUGCGGCAGUGGCUGUCCAGGGUGUGGCAGAACAAAGAGAACCUCCUGCGAGACUUCCACACGAGAGGCGGCAGCUUCUCCCGGGCUACCACCCCUGUGGGCGCAUCACCGCCAGGUUCCGGUACGACACCGGUUUUGCCAUCUCCUGACUAUUCUGGCCUCGAGCCGCUCGACAGUUCUCCCUCGAAAUCCCUGUCGUGUACUCCAGCUGCACCAGAGCACAGUAAUUUGAAAGGGCCGGUCCUUCACAGCAACGCUCUGUACCUCGCACUCGCCUUCUGGACGCUGCUGUCACUGCUGCUGGUGGCAGCUCUCGCAUUCUCAUCAAUAGUUCGAUGGUGGGCCUUGUGGAAUGUUCUCCUGUUCUUCACGAUAUCGACAUUCUCUGAGGGUGCACACCUACUCGAGAUCCGUUUCUUUCAUUUUAAGCGACGCAUCUUGGGACAGUCUAUUCAGCAUCGUAUGAAGAAUGGAAAAACAGAGGUGUGUAAACAGAACUGAUAUUACCAUCUCAUAGAGAAUAAAACUACUGGCACACUCCCUGUCUCUGAAAAGGUGUCUUACGGCAUUUUAAACAGCUAUGUUUACUGUUUCUUUUUAAAGAUGCACUUUGAGGGCAACAAAAUUUCAUUCAUCUCUUCAUUUCUUCACAAAAAGGGUGCAAAUUUGCCAGAAAAACAUACUGCCGGUGCUGGACAUGAAAUACAAAAACAAAAGAAAAAAAUUCUUUUUGCUAAUUGACAUGGAAUUUUUUUCUUACGGCAGCAAUAAAGAACAAUAUUUU